UGGUCUUCACGACAUAUGUGAGCUCUUAGCAAAGUGACCAGCGUGUUCGUUCUUUAUUUUUAUACCCGGCAAGAUGCAGAUAUGCAGUGUAUGCAGCGAGCAGACACCUAAAUACAGAUGUCCAGCCUGCAAAAUAAGAUAUUGUUCACUUGGCUGUUACAAGAGGCAUAAAGAUACUUGUGUUCCUUUUGAGCAGCCUGCACCCAUUGAUCCUGCAGCUAAUAAUGCCUUCAAUACUGAGCCGUGGACUGUUGAGGAUCUCCUGCAUGAAGAGGACAUCACUGACAAAGUGCCUCUGCAGAGGCUCCAGCUGUUAGGUCAGUCAAAAGAGCUGCGAGAUCUUCUUUGCAACCCCCAUCUGAGACAGUUAUUAUACUCCGUUGAUGGUGCAGACAGCAAAUACGAUGCGAUGAAGGCUGCCAUGCAGGAGCCUCUGUUUGUUGAAUUUUCAGAUCAGUGUUUGAAAAUUGUAGAAAAUGAAGCAAAAUCAUUAACAUCAAAUGAAGCUGAUGAUUUGUAAAUCAUUUUUACAUCCAGUCACUUUCUGAUUUUUUUUUUUUUUGGGGGGGGUCCCUUUUUUUAAACAAAUAAAAUGCGUGCCACACGCUAUUGUCAUUUUUCGUGAUCUAACUUCCUGUCCUGUGCCUUGAGCUGUUAACUAAACUUACUUGAAAGGAAAACAUCUAUAUUCCAAAUUUUUUAACACUGAUAUUUAUUUCAACAAAACAGUCAUUUAAAUAGUAACAUAAUUCAAGUUGUACAUUGAUCCCUUGGUAUCACUGACAAAAACAAGUAUGCAGAUUUCAAAUUAUAAACUCAUGUCAUACAGACACAUUUCAGUGAAUCUAUCGCUGGAUAAGAUUUUAAGAAUAGAAACUGUUUAGCAAGCAAAGGAAGGUAUGCUGUCCCUCUAGCUAAUGUGUUGCCUCAGAAGCUAGGAGGAUACACAUCAGUGUUAAGUUACAUUAAUGACAUUUUGUAACAUUCAUAGCAAAAAUAUGUUUUGAACAUUAAAAUUACAAACAUAAUAAAACUGUAUGGCUAUAACAUGUUUGUUCUCCCACACAAAACAUUAGUGUAAAAAGACUUUGGUUAUGCUAUACAGUACUUGUAUUGAUACUUUGGACUGCAGCAGAUUAAAAUCCACAAGUGAUUUAGUGAAACAUUUAGCAGAUGUGCAUAAUAUGUAGACUCUUUCUUAAACAAAGAGCAGGAAUUUGAACAUGGGUUCAUCCAUUCCCUGAUUCACUGAAGUGAUGCUUAAUAAAUGCUUGUUCAUGACUUUUUGUCAGUCUGUUGCUGUAUGUGAGCAGUUGUGUGGUUUCAAUGUGCAAUAUGUGCUUAACAUGUGCAAAAUUUGCUGACUUUUUUCUCCUGCAUAAAUCACACUCUAAGUGAAUGCUGGACAUUGUGCUAACAUAUGCAGCCAUAUGUGUAUCUGAAUCAACACUAAGUUUUUACCCCCACAAUAAAUCUAUCAAAUCACAAAAUAGUCACCCUUAAAUACAUACAUAUACGAACAGCCCAUUUAUGAUUUGCAUGUAGAUUCCAAGAGAGGCACUUGUCAAAGGCCCAAUACUUUGAUCAACGAUCAGAUGUUCCAAAGAUGCAAUGAUAAUCUUCCAAAAUUGAUAUA